GAUUCGGUCCAUAGCAACGCAUAUAAACAUCCCUUGGAUAUGGCAAGGACUUAUAUGACGGCUUGGACAUCGGAGGGAUAACAUCGGGGUUUGUGAGUCUCGGAUAUGUAUAUGACAGUUUUGAAGGGUUAAUUUACAGUGAACAAGCAAUAGAUCCACCAUGCCGGAAGAAAACGUGAAAGUCGCCGUUCGCGUGAGGCCAUUCAAUAAACGGGAGCGGGAGCGCAAUGCCACAUGCAUUGUUGCCAUGAAUGGCCCAACAACAGUCAUCACAGAUCCCAGCAAUAACGAAGAAAAGAAAUUUAACUUCGACUACAGCUACUGGUCACAUGACGGCUCCAAGGAAGACGCGACUGGCUAUUAUGGCGCAGAUCCCAGCCAUCCUAAUGGCAAGAAGUUUGCAGACCAGAAACGAGUAUUUGAGGACCUGGGUCUUGGCGUGUUGAAGAACGCAUGGGAAGGUUAUAAUUCCACACUGUUUGCCUAUGGGCAGACUGGCUCAGGGAAGAGUUGGUCCAUUGUUGGCUAUGGCAUCAAUAAAGGCGUGGUGCCAUUGUUCUGUGAAAGGAUGUUCAUGGGUAUUGAUGAGAAGAAAGCUGCGGGAGAGAAAACUGAAUUUGAGGUGAACUUCAGCAUGUUGGAGAUCUACAAUGAGCAAGUGCGAGACUUGCUGGAUUCCAGAUCUAAGAAAACUGGAUUGCGUGUCCGACAGCAUCCCAAGAGCGGGUUCUAUGCUGAUGGCCUGAGGGUUGUGCCAGUCAACAGCUAUGCCGAGAUCGAACAGAGGAUGGAGGAUGGUACGACCAACAGGACUGUUGCAGCCACCAACAUGAACGCCACAAGCAGUCGGGCCCACACCAUCGUUGGCAUCACCCUGCUGCAGAAGUUCACCAACGCUGCUGGGGAGGACACCACCAAGUCUGCCGUCAUCAACCUGGUCGAUCUCGCUGGCAGCGAGAGGGCAGAGAGCACUGGCGCCACUGGUGACCGACUCAAAGAGGGUGCCGCCAUCAACCAAUCUCUGUCAUGUCUGGGAAACUGUAUUGCUGCUCUUGCAGACAAGAGCUCUGGGAAAAAUAUAAGAGUUCCCUACAGAGACUCUGUGUUGACGAAGCUGCUGAAGAAUGCCUUGGGAGGAAACAGCAAAACCAUCAUGAUUGCUGCCGUGAGCCCAGCUGACAUCAACUUUGACGAGUCCCUUUCUACUCUCCGAUAUGCUGACCGAGCCAAGCAGAUCAAAACAACUGCAUCAGUCAAUGAAGACCCGACAGAGAAGCUGAUCCGGGAACUGCAGGAGGAGAAUGAGAAGCUAAAGGCUGCACUGGCUGGCAAUCCCAAUGCCUUUGCCAAACUUAGCAGCGGCGGUGAUGAUGAUGACGAUGAUGAUGAUGGUCUGACAGAGGAAGAGAGGAAGAAGGAGUAUGAGAGUAUUAUGGAAGAGAAUGCCCGUCAAAUGGAAGAGAUGAAGAAGAGCUUUGAGGAAAAACUAGCCUCUGCUAGAGAGCAAUCUGGGACGGGCCAAGGUAAUAUAGCUGAAAUCACGGAGAAGAAGAAGACAACUCCCCAUCUGUCCAACUUGAACCCUGACCCCCAACUGGCAGGACACAUUGUGGCAUUCCUUGACAGCGCCAGGAAAACGAUCGGGAAGAAGGACUGCGACUUGAUCGUCAUGGGUCCAAGAAUUGGUGACCAGCAUGCAGUCAUCACUGAAGAAGGGGGAGCGUUCCACAUAGAGCCGGCCAGCAUAGACUUCAAGACUGUCAGGAAUGGCAACAUCAUCAGCAACAAGUUGGCGCUGAAACACAAUGACAGACUGAGGUUUGGCAGCACCAUGUAUUUUGUGUACAUCAACCCCAAGGAAAGGGAUGCAGCCAAGGACACGUUCCCCGAGGUGACCUACGAGUCGGCCCAGGAGGAGGCAGCAUCCAAAUGGGGCUUCGACAUGGACACUUCCAACAAAACUAGAGAUGAAGCCUUGUUGAAGGAAGACAUGAUAGAGCUGAUGCCGAGUGUGGAGGAAUGUAACUCCAUCAGUGAAGAACUUGACAAGAAGAUGAAGUUUGAACUCAUGAUUGUCUCCCCUGAAGCGAGGGGUCAACUCAAAGGUCGUACAGAGGUGAUGAUUAAAGUGGUGAACCUGGAGACCAAGCAUGAGUGGAUCUGGCCGCGGGAGAAGUUCCUCAACAGGAAGUUCCUCAUGCAGGAGAUGUACGAGAACUUCCAGGAUGGAGAAGAGAACUGGGAUGUUCCUCAGGAUCAAAAGGAAAGGGAUCCAUUUGAAGAUGAUUAUGAGGCAGAGUUCCACAUUGGCAGUGUCAAGCUUUGGCUGCAAUCACUAGGAUACUUGAUUGAUAUAGAAGAACAGCUGGAGAUCACCGACUUCAAGGGUCAGGAAGUCGGACUACUUAAUGUGGUUGUAUCUCCAUGUGACAAGAAAGGCAAAGCCUUGAAAGACGACACCUAUGUGGACAAUCCCCUGGAACUAAAGGGCAAAGAUGUCUCCUUCAGUCUCCAGAUCAACAGUGCACGAGGUCUCCCGAACAAGUUCACUGAGGUGUAUGCUAAGUACACAGUGUACCUGGAGGAGGAGUACACCAGCACCAAGAAGGUGUCCAGCACCUCCAACCCUGACUGGAAACACCAGAAACAGUUCAACUUCUCAGCCGUCGAUGAAGCUUUCAUCAACUACCUGAACACCAGCGCCAUCAUGGUGCAGAUCUGGGGGAAACAGAAGCCGCCCAAGACCAAGAAGUCUGUGAAUACAGCCCAGGCUAUGAUGGCCCAGAGUAUGCGUAAGGGGCAGGUGGCGGCGGCCAACACCAACGCCAAGAGGUUCGAUCCUGAGAAGGUCAAAUAUAUGAUGGAGGUUGCCAUGUUGAAGAAGAGGCAAGAAAUGAUGGAACUCAAAAUGAAAUCUAUGAAGCGGAUGUUGGAGCUGGCGGAGGAGCACAAGAAGAAGAAGCUGUCUACCAAGCUGAUCAAGGACAUCUACCAUGCCCAGACGUCUGACGCUGCGGAGAAAUGUCUCAAGCUGGUGCCCCAGGAGAAAGACGAUGAUGAGAGUGACAGUGACAGCGACAGCGACAGCAGUGAUGAUGAAAAAGAGAAAAAGUCCCCAAAGAAAAAAGAACCUGUGAAGAAAACUCCCGAGACUCCAAGAAAAGAUCGACCUGCCAGUGUUGCAAAGAAAUCUUCAACCUGUAUUUUGUUGUAAAAAAUACUUUUACCAGAAAUAUUCUGUACAUAUCAACCAAGUUAGACGUGUACAAAGUCAUAUAUGUUUUCAGCAACCUUUAAGUGUCUUUAGAUUAACCAGUGUACAUAAUAUAUAUUUGCUAGUGCAAAGUUGAUUAUUUUACAUACAAAAUGGCCGAUCAAACUAUUGUUGAUUUACAUUUUCAUUCCAAUCAAAGUUGAGUUGAAGACAAAAACAAAAACAAAUUCUACGGUUUUCAGGGUAAUGUUUAUUUGUGAAGUAUAAAACAUGUGCUCCAGGUGAUAGUUGUUUUCCAACAUUGUUGAUAAUUGUUACACUGUACAGGAACAAUGGUUCGUGAUGCUUUCCUGAGAAUGGUACAUGUGUCAAAAACUGUUUCAAGAUUUUAGACGUCCCAUUUAUAUCAAUGACAGGCUUCCUCUUGAAUUAUCUUUGCAACAGCCAUUGAGAUCUCAUCAUUGCUUUAAGUCAUCAAGAAACAGUUUCCUUAUGUGUGCAAAAUGGCCUUUUGCAGCAUUCUUCAAGAAAGUCCAAGAAUAAUUCAGUCAAUUUGAAAGAUGUUAUAGUUUAGACAUAACAUGCAUCUCCCAACUAGGAUACAAAUAUUGUUGUUGAUUUAUUGUGGCCAAAUUAUAUUCUCUACUUGUUAAUGAUGUUUUGAGAUAAACUGGCUGUAUUACCAAUAAAAACAAUGAUGAAUUAUCUGUGAUAUUUAAAACAAGGAGAUUUAUCAUGUUUAUAGUUUCUGUUGAUGCCAAUGUCAUUUUACAUGAACAUGAGAUCUCAUUUACCAGUGGUUACUAAAUGACAAGGGGGAUAACUCAUACUCAUGGCAUAAUCUGUUUUCUUCCUCUUUGACAUGUUGUAUGAGGAGAAAUAGUUUAUAUCGACUCCGAACAACCCAAAGAUAUUAAACUCAUACCCUAAAUGAGUCAGUCACACCUACUGUUUCAAUACUUGACACUCCCGUGCAAUAACAUUCCAGCAAUGUAACCAUGAUCUUAUUGAGUGUUUCAUUCUCACCAGUCCUUACAGCUUUGUCUUGUUGUAGCAACCAUUCUGCUAUUUAGUUUACUUUAACUUUUUCAUUUCAGCACCAGUGUUAUUGAUUGAAAACUAUCAUAUUUAUCAGAAAAAAAUAACUAUGAUGCUAUGAAAUUAUGGACUAUAUGAAGUCAAUACCUGUUUUAUGGACAAAAAAAGCAAUAUUGUCUAAGCAUGAAAAUCUUUUCAUUAUGCUUGUAUAACAAUGUUAUUUAUGGCAGAGAUUAUAUACAGAAUUUAGGUAAGCAAUACCCACAGCUCAGAUGUCUAAAGACCAGGUAUGAUGAUAAUUGGAUAUAAAACUUCACCAAAAUGACCACAUUUUAUCUUAUGAACUCUCCCGAAAUAAAGUCCUGAUUUUCCAGUUUUGUUUUGCUGUUUCGUAUGCUCUGACGGACAAUUAUAUCGUCAGAUGAAAGAAAAUAGAAUAGAAUAUAUAUAUUAUACAGAAUGUCAAAGAUGGAAAUUAUAUCAAUUUAUAAUUUAGGUAUUAAUUGUUGCUGAGGAAUAUUUGAAUACAACAUUCAUUAAAGUCUUUUUGGGUUUGUUUUUUUACCAAUCAUCAUUCUGAGCUUGAAUGGGUAAUUUUGAAAUUCAAAAUCAAACAAUGUGCUACUCCAUAACCUAAAACAAACUAAUAUAACAGAAUAUAAUGUUAGUAAAUGAUCAUAACACAAACUGGUGUUAAUAUCUGAUGUCACAUUCAUUGGUUCAUUAAUAUUUGGAUAUGUAUUGUUUUUAUAGUUUAUAUUAGAAUAUGUACUGUUUGAUAUAGUUUAUUGACAUUUUUUAGCAAUUUAUGUUUAUAUUUUUAUUUAACUGAGCCGAUACAGUAAUCAAAGCGCUUCCACAAUGUCUCUAUAAGUUGAUCUAAAAACCAACAAUGGAUUAUUUUUGUGUAUCAAUUUUGAUAUAAAAAAAAUCACAUUUUCCAUUGACAAUUUGUUAUUUCCAUUUGCAAUGAAAUUAUGAAAAGAAUAUUGACUGAAAAUUUUUUUUGAAGCUAUGGAAAUAUAUCCAUUCAUUUAUGAUAUGGAAUCGUUUUUCUUUUAUAGAGACAUACCCUAUGAUUUAAGGACAAGCACUUUUGUGUGCGUUCAAAUCAUUUUGCUGUUUCAGUCAAACUCGUACUAAUCCGUUUACCAGUUUUCAAGAAGUAUCUACACAUGUAUAGUGAAGAUUUCUUUAUGUUAGAAAAUGAUAAGUUUACUAAAACAAGACAAAAUCAAUAUUUUGUGAUCAGAUCUGCAAUAUGACCAAUCAACUGUAGCCACUAGAUUUGUUUCUUUCGGUUAUAUAUCCUAACUGGCUAAACGUAACUAUUACAAGUUUGUUUGAGAAAAGCUGUGGCUCACUAGUGGUUUGUGUGAAUUAUUAGUUAGUUAUGUGUCAAAUAUUAAUUAUCAACUUCUCUUUAUUAGUAUGGUUUCAGAGAUGUUUCUUCUAACUCAGCAUCUAUAAAUGUCUGUUUGUGAUGUAGUUUUGUCUUUCACCUUUCAUUCAAGAAACAUCUAUAAUGACAAAUGAAAUUUGAACAUUAAAACAAAUCGAUAAUAUUACUUUUAGGUGGUUUUACAUGUUCAAUCAUGUGAUGGUAAGUCAAUGAAAUCUUGGCUAUAUGAUUCAACCCUAUCACAACAGAAACAGGUAAAAUUAACAAGAAAAGGACACAUCUUAAAAAUGUGCAAUGAUUUUUAAUUUUGUUUACUUUGCUUCGAAUGAAUGAAAUAUCUCUGAAAUCGUUAAUAGUGACUAGUACUAACAAAAGUGCAAAUGCAUCUGAUAAUGUCCCUACACACUUCACCAACAUCACCAACCGUUGGCUAUGUUUGGUAAUCUAUCAUAGAAAGGCUUAUUGUUAUUACUUCAGUAUGAAACAUGUUCAGUUUACAAAGAGGGUUUAGAAUAUCACAGUUGUGCAGUACCAAGAGGGGGGCCAUCAUACAAUAUAUGGAGGGUGUGUUCAACAACAUGCUAUACCGAACAGUUAACUUAUAAACCAUUUUGGAAGCGACAGAUUAGUGUUGUCACCCUUACGAGUAAAGACCUGGAACCAAAUUAUUAUCAUUUUAUUUUUUUUAUGAUAAAUUUGGAAGAGUUAUUGAAAUUGACAGGGUUGUGUAUAUCUUCCCAAGGCAAGGGAGUUAACUAGGCUGGAAUCUCUAGGCUCCAUCGUAUCACCACCAGUGACUAUUAUGAGUUAUGUCCCUUCGUUGUCUCUCCUAUUGACUAGUCUGAUCCAUGCUCAUUCAACUUGCAUUUGCUUCAAAAUGGCGGCACCAACCAAGACGAUCUGAUCUAUAAGGAAAAUCUAUAUAGUGAUAAAACAAUUAUCACUUCGCGAAGUGCAUCAAAUCACGUGAGCAGCAUGAAACAAUUUGAGAAAUAUCUGUCGACUGCCGAGUUGGCAGUACACAUGCUUUGCAAAUAAUUGCAAUCGACUGAAAUCUGCACAGCAGACUAUGGACCGGAUGUCAAUUUUGUUUUACAAUUUGAUUGGCCUAUGCAUAGACUCGUUAGUCCAGCCAAAACAUAAGUCAAUAAUUCCAGCCUAUUUCGGCAAGAAUGGAAACUGGACUUUCAUAAUCAGUUAACUCACUUGCCUUGUGUUGUGUACAGCAUGUUGUAGAAGUACAUUGUAGCGAGACCUUAGAUUAAACCACCUUACAGAGUUGGGUCCAGCAAUUUGGAAAAGAAGGGGUGCACGUUAUACCCCAAUCACGAAGUUGAUGUAGCCAAAGGUGUCUGAAAAAGGUGCACAACCUGUGACACCCUGCGACACCCUGCAACAUCCUCCUCGACCCCUCUGCUGGUACUUAUACAUACUACAGCUGAUGUUGCUGGCACCCCUCCCCUCUUGGCUCUCACACGGCCCUGUAACAUGUAUAUGUGAGAACAGAUGUAUUAGAAUUGCCUUGCUGGGUUGACAUGUUAGGCAGGAAGUGCUUUAGAGUGUUAUAUCUAGAUGUGUGAUAUUAUGAGUGUUGAGAAGAAAAUUCUAAAAGGGUUAACUGACACAUGUCAAUAUUUGACUUGAAUAAAUCUUACCAAGAAAGUGUGGUAACAGUUUUCAAGAUUUGAAGGAAUGUGUCAACCAGUCUACCCCUUUAGGAUUUUCAAUAUGAAGUUGUCACUUUACUCCAAGAAUAAUUAAAGAGAAAUGAUCCCAAAUACAUAUAGAUAACCUAGGAUGAUUGAUCUUGUGAAAAAAAGUAGAAAACUUGACAAAAACAUUUCCAUAAUCAUUAGAAAUCUCUGCUGAAAGCAAAGUUUCUAUGAAAGAUUAAUUUCCAUGUUUUCUUUUUGGUUUACACAAGAGGAUAAAAUUAUGAAACAAUUUCGUGCAGUUCUGAACCAAAUGUUUAUAACCAAAAAGACUGAUCAAGUCUUUGAAAGGCAUUUAGAAGUAAUACACCUUAGGAAGAGAAUUUGUGGAUGUCGGCUUCUUUAUCAUGAGGAACACAACGUUUCAGAGUAUAUACUUACUCCUUCAUCAGGUGAAUGAAGAUGACAUCCAUAAAUUUACUCUCUUAAAUAGACAUUUACUGAAAAGAUUUCAAAUGAUGGUUGUAAAAUCUAGAACUGUACUCAAAGAUAAAAUCGGUAGAAGUCCAUAUUCGAGAAAAAAACAGAUUUAUACAAGAUAAAACUAUCAUUUCAGGGUUCCGGAAACUAAAUGUUAUCAAUCAUCUAAUGACAGCUCUUCUUGGGCUGUACUGUACCCCCUUCAAAUUAAGCCAGACUGAGGAUUAAGAGAACUAGAAUUUUGACUGAUCCCUUGUUAAGGUUUUCUCCACUUAAACGUAGAUUUCUUGGAGUAUUGUGGUUACAUGAUGCAAUGAACACUGCCACAACCUACGUCAUGUGAUCGUGAUGGGAGGUGACUCAACUGCUUGUCAAAGCAAGGCUGUGAUACAGAUGUAUAUAUUUUACACCUUUCACCUUCAUCUAAAAAAUCAUACUACUCCUCUACUUAGACUGAAUAUGCCUAAGACUUUGUCCAACAUACAAAAUAGAACAGAAGAAUGUAUUUUUUCGAGUAUGGUUUCACUGGUAAAGGCUAUACACUAACCAGUGUGUUUACACAUUUUGAUGGAUUUUAUUUAUAUAUUAUAUAAUAUUAUAUCAUGAAAUACACGUUAUUGUUUUGCAGAAGUGUUGCAUUAGACUGAAUGUUAUAAACUAGAUUUAAGAUGAAAACAUAAUGUUAUUGACCAGUUAAACUAAUUUUGAGUGAAUAUUGUUGUUGAUAUUUUGUUAGAUAUAUUAUCUAUUAGACAUAUUUUUCUGUUAGAUUCUUUAUUUCUCUGGUGUGACUGACCAUUAUUGUUUAUGGGGGGCCUUAAGUACAUACUUGGCACUGGCAUUGUUCCCUUUACUGUUUAUGCUUAUUGUUUAACCGUUUUGCUAAUAACACCAAAAAUAUCCUCAUCAUUUUAUUUCAGAAUAUUUCAAAGGAUUCAAAAUACCAUAUUCCAGCCUAAUGCUGAACUUUGUCAUGAGAAUCGUGAAGUCAAUAUAUUGUCCAGGUACACACCUAUUGUUAUACUAUAUGUCAAAACUCCGUUUCUAUUAAGGCUUACACCAAUUUCCUUUUAAGGAGUGAAUAGUAGUUAUUUUCUUACAUAAAACAUAAUAUAGAAACAUGUAAUUGUUUAUAAAUUGUUUGAAGAGAUACAUGGUAAAUGCUCGCACACCGCAGUUGUGAUUUUAUAUUCAAAUCAUCAAGCAACAACGUGUUGAGACAGAUUGUUGCUUUGUUUCAGAAUGCUGAUUCGUCUUCAAAGCUUAAUUCACUCAGGAUAGUCGAUUCAUUACUUGUAAUAAUUUGCUGUACAUAUAAGAUUAUAUGUUUUACAUGUGUUUAAUUAUCAAAAAGAUGAAUAAUUUUUCAUGAACAAAUAUCCAAAUGAUGUGUGUUAGUAUUUUUAGGUAUAUUUACACAAGUACCUCUUUUGUACCCUACACAUAUUUCCCUCUUGGUCAAAGUGGCACUUGUUAAUAAUCAUCAAUUAUUUAUUUAAAAUCAACUCCGGUACCAAAAACAUGCACUACUUCCCGCUAAAUUGCAUUUAAUUAAGAAUCUACUUUCUACUAAAAAUAAAUCUAUUCUAAGAUGAGAAUUAGAAGAUGUUGUACACCAAGUGUAGUAUUUAGGGACU